AUGACAAAAGAAAAUGAGAAAAAGCCAAAGGAAAAACCGAACACUCGUAAAAUUGCAUUUCGAAAUGAGGCGAUCAAUGCGUUGAUGGAUCUCGACGACGUCGCAUUAGUCACAUUUCAAAAAGCGAUGGAAGUAGCGAAACUAGACUGCAAAAAGUGUGUUCUCCACGACACAUCUCACAAUCCAAAAACCCACAACUGUCGUGACAACCCGUUCUGUAUCAGUCGUUUGGGAUUGGAGAAAUUCGAAAAGUUGAUUGCACUGGAGCAGGAAACGAAAGAAGAGGCGAAAAAAGAUCAGAAGCGGCGAGAUUUGAACGAGCAGCCGGCUGGACUUGUGAAUGGCGGAAAUUUCUGUUAUGUUAACAGUUUUCUGCAAGUCUGGUUUAAUGUUCCAGAGUUUCGGCAGCUAGUUUACGAUUUUCGGCCUUCAGAUGCCUUCGAGCCACCUCCAGCGCCACGAAUGGACGUUCAAGCGACUAUGAUGGCUCUUCAAGACAUUUUCUACACUCUUCAGACUACUCCUUUCAACGACGCCGAUAAAACCGCCGGGCUCGGAAAACUCCUCCGCCUCAACUCGGAGCAGCAAGACUCCCAGGAGUUCGGUCUGAAAUUCUUCAACGCUCUGGAACGGUGUCUUCCAGACCAUCCUAACGGGCAGGACACUCUAAACCGGCUGAAAGAUUUGUUCACCGGGGAGAUUUGCACCCGGAUUGUGUGUAAAUGUGGGCAAAGAUCCGAGAGGGAGGAGACGGCGAUCUCGUUGUCAUUGAAUAUUGAGGGUCAUUCCACGUUGUUGGACGCGUUGGAUUCCUAUUUUGGAGAGGAACACUUGGACGAUUACAAAUGCCAACGAUGCAGCAAAACGGGGAGCACAUCGAAACAAUCGGACUACGUAAAACUCCCUCCUGUCAUUGUGAUUCAACUAAAUCGAUACAAGUACACAGCGAAAGGACGGCAGAAGCUGAAGACUCCGAUGGCUUAUCCGAGAGAAAUUCCAGCGAGAGCUUUCCAGAGAACUGAUUUAAAGAAUGCGCCGCCCGCGGAAUUUUACGAUUUGUUCGCUGUGACGAUUCAUGAGGGUAGCAAUGCUGAGUGUGGCCAUUAUUAUGAUUUGAUCAAAAGUCCGCUGAAUCAGAAGUGGUAUCGAUAUAAUGAUGAGACCGUCGAAUCCAUCGCAAAACCACCUGGAACCGACAAGCCAACGACUGGAAAAGUGGAGAAAUCGCGUCGAAAAGACAAAGAAAAAUAUCCAACUGACCAGAAAGCGUGUUAUGGUCUCCUCUAUCGUCGUCGUGACGCGAUUCUCCCACUUCCACACCCUAUUCUACCUUCCGAGGAGCUCAUCAAGGACUCGAAACAUGCGAUUGAGGAGCUUUUCGAGGGUUUAACCAAGAAAAAGAUUGAGAAAAGCGAGAAAAGGUUGUAUGAUUUGGAGCGGAGGAUUAACAAACUGAAAACUUCGAAUACAAAACUGGAAACUCAUAUUGAUAAGUAUGAAAAACCGAAUGAAAUCGCCUUUUUGCCGAUUUCAUUGCUGACUGACGUGCUUGCGAUGGAGUAUGAAGUGGCGAAGGGCGAGAAGAAGAAGAAGAAAAAGGAGAAAUCGGAGAAGGAGGAGGAGAAGAAGACGACGACUACGGAGGAUGAGGAUCUCGCGGCGGCGAUUGCGGCUUCUGAAGCAGAUCAGAUGAAACAUUUGAAUUCAGAAGAAGGUCCGUCGACGUCAGCUUCUGGAGUUGGAGCUGUAGAAGAUGGGCAAGACGAAGAGCGUGCUGAAACUGAGACGCCAGAAGCCACGAACACCGACGCUUCUAUGGAAGAAAUAAUCGAUAAUUCUGAAGGCACCCCUACAAAAGAGAUAGAUAUAUUAGCGAUUGCAAUGGAGGAAUCGGCACUUCCCACUGUCGACGUGGCACAGGAACCGGAGCACAAAAAACGGACGCGUCAGAAGAAUGGAGAUGUGAAAUAUGUUUUCACGAAUACACGGUCCCCCAGGAAAUCCGCCGGGAAUCAGAAUCAGACGCCUCUGACGAGCCCACAGAAGCAACCGGUCUCCACGAGAGUCGCCGCGCUUCUAAGUUCUCAUGAAAUGUCUGUUUGUGGUCAUGGGAAGAUGUCGAUCGAUCCGAUUCUCUAUGGAGAUGUCAAAGCGGUGUCGAGAGCGCCGGCGAUGACGUUGCUCAGAGAAUACGAUUUCAGGGUGAAGGUUGUGUAUGAUAAUGGGGAGAAGGUGUACCCGCAGGCGGAUAAGGAGAGAGACCUUUUUGUGUUCACAGCCGAAGACAUUUGCAUGGAAUGUAUCCUCGAAAUGCGAGAAGAGGGUAUCUUCAGCAAUCAACUCGAGGAGGACGACAAGAUGGUUCGGCGGAUUCUGAAGGAGGAACGACAACGAUGCUCCGUCAAAAAUCCAUCGGAACGCCCGGAAGGUCAUGUCUACGUGGCGAAAUUUGCACUGUCGAAUUUCAAGAAAUCAGCGAUCACAAAUCGAGAAAAUAAGUUGGCCAAGUUGCAUACAAAGAAGGGAACGCUGAGUUUCGAUCCAGUCUCCGUGCAGAAAACUGAUGCAAACUACCCAUCGUUAUCGGGUUUGAAGCGUCCACGAGGUCGUCCGUUUGUAAGGAAAUCAGAAGUUCCUGAAAAAAUGCAAAAACUCGAUGAGGAAGGUAUGACGGAGUCUGUCAUGGAGGAAGACGAGGAGAAUUCUAUGAAUCUGUCGUUGGAUCAUCAGAAUCCAACACGCCCUGUGGACACAAUCGAUCCGGAAAUCUUGAAACCCGUUGAGAAUAUCGAAUUCAACUCGGAACUUCGUUGUGCUCACGGCGGCAUCAAUUUCAGUCAAUUCAGACAUUCCGUCUCGCCGGAAGAGUGGUCACGACUGAAAGGUUACUUUGACGAGUGCUACGAAGUCUCAUGCUCUCAGCCAGUGUGUGCAGAGUGUCGUCAAAUGGAGGUGGACGCUCAGAAUGGGACGGAUAAUAUGCGGGUUUUGGUGAAAGAGAUGCGGAAACGAAUCAACGACACGUUGAAGGCUGUGGAGGCACGCGCCGAGGCGAAGAGUGAGGAAACGGAUGUGAAAUUUGGGAUCUGCAGUGUUUUCAUUGAAAAGUUGAAAAAGUUGACGAAUCGACAAUCGACGAGUCCACCGUCGAUCUGUCAGGAAUGUCUGAUUUGUCAGCAUCAGCAGCCGUUUAAGGGAUUUCUUACGGAGGACAACCAAAAAGAUGCGCACGUCAUCGGUCUGACUGAAGACGAGUGGCACACGAUCCUCGCCGAAAUCCGGAAUCUCGAAGAGGCCGGCGACGAGCACGCGAUUCUCGUCGAUCCCAAACCGAUACACAUCGAAAACGGCAACAUUUUGGACAUGUGUGCGCAGUGUUUCGAGCAGCACAUAAAGUUCACCGAGGAGCGGAAGUACCUGUUCGAUAAUGAGAAUAUCUAUGUGAAACUGGUGAAUUUGAGUGAUGAGGAGGAUGUGACGAAGGCGAACGGGAAGUCGCGGAGGGGGCGUGCGAAGAAUGUGUACGCGAUUAAGAUGUCGUCGUCGAAUACGUUAAUGGAGUUGAAGGUUCAAUUAUACGACAAGACGCAUCAACUACCGAAUGAUCAGAUGCUCUAUCGGACUCUUGGUGGCGAGCAGUUUGAUAAGAGUAUCAAUCAGAAGACGUUGUUUGAUUUGAGACUUUCGCCAAAUAAUAAUGACAAUCCUCUUAUCCUCAUUGCUCAACAAUUUUCCCCAUCUUCACAAACCGAUGAAACUGGUGAUCGUGCUCCGGAACGCGGCUUCGUCGACACCGCUCUUGCUCAUUAA